UUGGAUCUUGGCAUGGGCACCCUGUUGACGAACACUUCCCAAACCGCAACCAGACACUCGAGUACGGCACCCAUCGAACCAGCCAAACUUUAGAACGAUCAAUCUCUCUCACAAAACCAAAUUCACAAAACAAUCAAAGCCAACCAAGAGAAAGCAACAACCCAAACACCAACCCAAUACCAUGACUAUUACUUCUACUACCAAGACAUCAGAGAAAAGGAAUGAACUCAUUCGCUUGGAGGUCCUGGCUGAAACAAUGGAAGAGAAGCUGUAUGCCGCCAGUCUCGUUCAUGAACAUUUUCACAUGUUACGCCAAGUUCCCAGAUCGUUUUAUGGAAGUGAUGUGGUCAUUGUGUUGAGGGAGAUCCUCCAAAGGCAGGACAACAACACUCCCGUGACACGCGAUCAAGCUUUUCAAGUUGGUCGCAAGAUCGAGACCGAGUUCCAGUUCUUUUCCCACGUUGACAACUUGAACAACAACAAAAAGGAGAAGGAUGCAAAGAUUAAGAUCUUGCAAGACAACAACAAGGACUUGUACCAAUUCCACCACAACCUUCCAGUGCAAGUCUACAAGAUGAAGAAGAAGUACCCCAGUUUGUGGGACAAGGCAAAGUUCUUGGAAGCACACUUGGAUCUCAAGGCUCAACGUCAACGGGGGGCACUCACAAUGAUGAUGACAACAGUCCACAAGAAUUGCUUUGUGGCCAAAGAGGCCGUGGACUGUUGGAUGGACCACAAGUUGGUCCGAUCUCGUGGUGAAGCUGUGUACGUGAUGAACAAGUUGAUUGAGCGUGUCAACUUUUGCCGCACAUUCAAAAAGACCAAGUCGACUGAUAAGCACGAGUUCCAGGACGACUGCCAGAUCUAUCAGCUCGUCCCUUCCGAUCAACGAAACCCCGAGCCCAAGAAACGCUCCUCCCGCAAGCCCCGCAAAACUGACUCUUCUUCUUCGUCGUCUUCUUCUUCGACAUCAACCCCCACCAGACCCAAGAAGAGGAACAGUGUCAUCAGCAGCACCGAUGAGUCAUCGAGGACUGCAAGUACCUCUAGCACUGGUUCCCCGAAGCUGAUCAAAGACAAGGCCUAUUUCAAGGAUCGAGUAAGCAAUGUCCGAAAUGGAGUGAGUGCGUAUCACGCACAAAGAAAGGCCAUGGUACCCAGCACCGCUUAGAGAACUCUUUUUGCGAGGGAUGUCUUCCUCCCUUUCCCUCCCUUCCGCGACAAUCGGUUAAACAAAAGCAACCAAAUAUUCUAUAUUCAUAAAUGUACUUAUUAAGCUCCACAGUUGAACUCG